CACCUCCACUCUCCAUAGUGCCCUCCACUCUCUGCCACAUUCUUGCGCAGACUAUGGAUUGCAUAUAAAGAGCCAGGAACGCUACGAAUUGUAGCAAUAGGUGCAUAAUUUCUCCGUCGGGAUCUGCAGCGCAAGAACGUUUACUUUCAGCCUCCUUAUUCCCGGGGCGGCGAUCCGAGGUUACGAGCAUCAUGACGACUCACCACCAACCAAACGAUGUAUUGACGAACGCAACAAACAAUGUGGCAGUCGCGAGCAGUGAAAAGAGCCAUGGAACUCCAAACAUGUCAAACGCACCCAGCGCCGAGAAACAGCAAGGGAUGACUGGCGGCCAAGACACAGUAGCAGGCGAAGGCAAUGCUGUCGUCGAGAAGAAGGCAGACGUACCUCCCAAUGGUGGAUAUGGAUGGGUAUGCGUAGCAGCAUGUGCCACCAUCAACGCUCAUACCUGGGGACUCAACUCGGCCUACGCCGUCUUCCUCGCCUACUACCUGGCCAACAACGUCUUUCCCGGCGCCUCACACCUCUCUUAUGCCUUCAUUGGCGGUCUCUCUAUCAGCCAAGCUCUCAUGGUCUCCCCCAUCGCCACAGCCACGACCCGGAUCUUCGGCACGCGGACCACGCUCCUGAUCGGCGUGGCGCUGGAGACCAUCUCCUUCAUCGGGGCCUCCUUUGCGACGCAGAUCUGGCAUCUCUUUUUGAGCCAAGGCCUGUGUUUCGGGUACGGCAUGGGUUUCCUGUUCGUGGGCAGCGUGGGCAUCGCCGCGCAGUGGUUCACGACGCACCGCUCGCUCGCAAACGGGAUGAGCGCCGCGGGAAGCGGACUCGGCGGCCUGAUCUACUCUCUAUCCGCGCAGGCGAUGAUCAAGAACAUCGGGCUGCCGUGGGCAUUUCGGAUCCUGGCCAUCGUAGCGUUCGUGGUCAACACGACCUGCGCGCUUAUCAUCCGGGACCGCAAUAAACAGAUUGGCAGCAGCCAGUUGAGCUUCGAUUACCGGCUGUUUAGGAAACCGCAGUUUCUGGGCUUCCUGGCGUUUGGCUUCUUGAGCAUGCUGGCGUAUGUCGUGCUGCUGUUUUCGCUGCCAAAUUAUGCGCGAACGGUCGGUAUGACGGCGCAGCAGGGCAGUAUUGUGGGCGCGGUGCUCAAUCUGGGCCAGGCGUUGGGACGGCCGCCAAUUGGGUACUUUUCGGACUCUUUUGGGAGGUUGAAUAUGGCGAGUACGAUGACGUUGCUUGCUGGCUUGUUUUCGUUGGUCAUUUGGAUGUUUGCGAAGAGCUUUGGGGUGCUCGUAUUCUUCGCCAUCUUGGGAGGGUCGGUUGCAGGCACGUUCUGGGCUGUUGCUGCACCUGUCACGACAGAGAUCAUGGGACUGGUAGAUCUUCCGAGUGCAUUGAGUCUGACGUGGUUGGUUUUGGUGCUACCUACGACAUUCUCGGAGCCCAUUGGGCUGGAGAUCGUAGCAUACAACGGUGGUAGCUACACCGGGGCCAUUCUGUUCACAGGAUGGAUGUACAUUGGCGCUGCCUGCAUGCUGUGGGGUGUCAGAGCUUGGAAGAUUGGCGAUUUGGAAGAGAAAGCUGCGAUAGCUGAGAAGAGCACAUCCGAUGUUGACCCUGUAGCAGGAACAGGCCAGGCGUCUGGUGGGAUGGUGCCAGAGGGCUUCAAGAAGAGUCCUUUCCUGAAGCGGCUGAUGAUGUGGCAGAGGGUGUAGAUACUGCCUCUUAGAUAGCAAGACAAGUCGGCUGUAACAGCAGGAUACUUGUAGCAUCCAGAAGUUCAACCGGGUCGCAGGAAGCUCGCAGAUGGCCACUCUUGACCAGGUAUUUCAGGAACCUGUGGCCUGCAGCUGACUGCUUCUGCUGCUCGACAGCGCGCUUAUCAAGAAGUAUCAUCUAGAAACCCUGAUCAAUAGUGCGAUCAAACACUCUAGAAUAAUACAUGAG